AUGGCCGCCGGCGGCCCGCACCAGAUCGCCGCAUACUCGUACUGCAACGGCGUUGCCGGCCAGCGCCAGUUCAAGAAGCACAAGGUCCUGCCCAAACCCCGCCAUGAUCGUACCGACAGCAUAUAUCCCGUCCAUCUGCCGUCUCAGGGGCUGCUGCCCGAUCUCACCAUCGACACCACCCAGACGUCGACGCCGACCGCCUCCCAGCCUUCCAGUCCGCCGACUCUGAGACAUGCCUCUGGGAACUUGAUCGGCGGUCGCGGCGGCGGGCCUGAAUUACCCCCUACGCCCCCAGCACAUCCGCGUACCUCGUCCAGCAGCCACUCCACCCUGCCCUCCUUCCCUACUACGACAGACUCUCGACUCCUCCGUACCCCGAAGCAGUCCGCCCAGGCUCCCACCACGCCUCCGGACCAGCGCAGCCCCCCGACCCCCGAUGUCACCCCUCCUCAGCCCGUGACGCGCCCAAUGGCCCUGCGCCCGCUCGCCACCGCUGGCGUCGCCGCCACCGACCGCGGUGUGCCCGUGGCGCCGGCGCGCCGUAGUGCCACCGAUACCACCGAUGCCACCUACCUCACCAUAGAGUCUCGCACGGAGUCAUUCCGCACCGCCAGGGAGGAUCCUCCUUCCUCGCCCGAGGAGAAUGUCACGCCGUUGACCGUCCAGUCCCAGCUCAAGCCCCAGCCCGCCGCGGCCUCUGGUCGAACUUCCCGUUCAGCCGUUCCCAAGGUGCCACCGCCAAACGGCCACGGGGACCGCGUCCCCAACCCUCUCGCACUGGGCAUGGCCCUCUCGCGCCUUGCCGGACCGGUCGACGAGCAUGACGAUGCCCACAUGCCAAGAAAACGCCAUGAGCCGCUUCAGUUCGAUGGGGACUGGGGUUCUGUCAGCGGGACGGAACGCCCGUCUGACCGCGCCCAAGUCACCGUUGCCAAGACAAGGCAGCAGCAGCUUGCACCAGAUCAUCAACAUCAAUACUACCGCCACCAGAGGAAAAUGAGCGGAGACGCUCCUCUUCAGGAGCCUGCCAAUCCCGUAGCCGCAUCCAGCGCCGUCCGGACCGUUCGUAACGCAUCUCUGACCGGAAAGGCUUCGCCGAAGUCGUCCUCGAGGAGUGGUACAGAUCGCGCCACCCGCUCUUCAUCCGGUCCUACAUACUCCGAUAGCUCCGUCGCCACCAGCCAGCAGAGGUCGUCAGGACUGUCCUCAAUGUCCUUCAGCUCGAAGGUGUCGGCCUUGGUCGAUGCUCCAUACAGGGAACCACAGAAGCAGAGGACUCUGAGGCACGUACGGAAGCAGGGCUCGCUGCGGGAGCCUAUGAACCUAUCGAUGUCUUCUGCUCGUAGCGCAAAGCAGUCAUCCCCUGCCGCCGUCACCGCUCCGGUUGUCGAGCGAGGAAGGAAACCAUCUCGGCCGCCGAUAACGAACCAGCGACCUACCGAACCGGGGAGAAAUGGCAGCCACGCCUCCGUCAGCUCCGUGUCUAGCGCCAGGGCAAGACGCGAGGUGUGGAAGAGCGGUGCUAUCCCCGUCAUUGUCGUGCCUGACCGACUGUCCUCGCGCUCCAAGUCGCGGGAGCCAUCGCUCAGGUCCACAUCCAGCAGACACUCCAGGAGGACCCAAAGCCUCGGCUCCAACAACCCCCAUAAGGAUGUACCACCCGUCGCUGAGAGACGACAUGCUGCCGAUCCCGCGCUUGAGCAUCGAGGACGCCUCUCCCGCUCCCACUCCCGCUCAUAUUCCCUCUCGAGCAGCAGCAGCGACGUUAUGACCAUGGACUUCCCGCCCGCUAUACCUCGCAGGUCCUCGUCUCUCUCGGCACCGACUAGCCGCAACGUCUCGAGAGCCGGAUCUAUGACGACGGAGAGCCUACGACACCGCGACAACGCCACCCGGCCACUGGCUACGCGUUCACCACCGCGCGAGACCGCCUCUAGGGACUCACCUCGCAGCGAUCCUCCUCAGUCACAGCUGUCAGCAAACAAAGCGCCACAGUCGGAAGAGUGGCCGCUUGUUCUGCCAUCGCUAUCACCGCCACUGUCGCCGCCACCGCCGCUGCACCAGCAGCAGACAUCACGGAAGCUUGCCUCGCCGCUGCUCCUGGAUCCUAUCCGGUUGGUUUCCGACCUGCACCACAGAGUCGACGGCGGCGGCGACUACAACGACGGCCUCAGCUCCCCCAGCAAGAUACCCUCGCGCAACACGCCCUUCUCCGUCGCUUCGAUGGAGACCAACGGCACGGCGCCCGAGGUGUCCGAGGCUCAGGCCGUUCACAUGUACCACCAUCAGAACUCGUCUGUGCUGAUGGUCGACCACUCGGCACGGCUGUCCGAUGUAUCCGACAGCCAGCGCCCCGCUGAAGCUGCGAUGCCGGCUACUACCGGGGCGGCAGCGGCGCCAAACGACAACUCCGGUCCUCCCUCGACACCCAUGAAGGCGCAGUUCUCCCUCGACGACAUCGAGUCACCCCUGCGCAACCCCCGCGCCCCGCCCGAACCGCCAACCCAGGUCGCUCCGACGGGGCCCCCCGUCCUAACAUUCACCUCUGCAACCCCCUCCGGGACGACGCCGGCCCUUGACAAGGAGAUCCAGCGGGGCAACCUCUUGGAGACAAUGGCCGAGGAUCCAAAUCGCAAGCCCUCGCUGGUAGCCAGGGCAUUUGGUCGCCGCCACCGCAACUCGUUGUCGUACCCGCCCAACGCAUCUCGACCAGGCGGCAGCUUCCUCUCACGCGCUUUUUCCCUGCCCAGCCGCAACCGCAGCCACAGUCGCAGCCGCAGCCGCAGCCGCAGCCGCAGCCGUUCCCGUCGCAGGCGCGGCAGGAGCUGGAGCGCCAGCGGAUAUCCCCGUGAAGACGACGUGCCGCCCGAGGAGAACAGGCUACACCCUUUCUGGCGUCCUCAAUGGGACCCUGACGACGAUGACGACGACGAUGACGACGAUGACAUUGAGUACGAGCGGAUCUUUGACGACGACGACGAUGAUGAAGAGGUUGAAGAAAGCGAGCAGCACCUCCGCUACCCUCCCAUCGACAACCGUCCCACGGCUCGGGCGGUGCCCAAGAGGCGCUUCAGCGACAAGAUGAAGCGCACCUUCUCCGUACUCCCCAGCCGGGAAGUCGACACCGUCACGAUGUUCCACGAUGACGACGCCUAUGGCACGGAGAAGCGUACCAUUCAGCGCACCCCGAGCGGCAACCUACGCGUCAUGAGGCGACGAAGCAGCGGCGUCUGUGGCAACGUUAGACCCUCUACCGCCCCGGACGGCGGCGACAGCUCUAACAGGAACACGAACUGA